AACAGAGUGAGGAGGGCUGGGAGGUGAGCCCCGCUCAUCAAGGAGCUGCACACCGAAACAAGCAAUUAGGCAGCAAAAGGAGAGAAAAGGUGAGCUUGAGCCAAGGUAUCAGGCCAAGUGGAAGUGGAGGAAAUGUCAUCGUUGGUAAAGGAGGACUUGGAGAAGAAACUGUUUACGCCACUCUCGCAGAAUCUGUACGAGUUUAUUGAAAUAGAGUUCUCCGUCCAGGACAGGUAUUACCUCUGUGUGUCAGUGACCAAAAAUGAAGAAGUAAAAAUAAUUAUGGUGAAACAUUACAGAAUAGGUUUAGAUGAAAAAUAUGAAGUAACAAAAAAGUGGUCUUUGAACGAUCUACAGAUGAUUGAUGGAAAAGAAGCAGAUACCGACAAUCCAUUUUUUGAUCUGCACUUCAAGAAAGUGUACAGUUUGGAAGCAUAUAGUUGUGCCUCUAAAUAUGCCUUUGCUCGAACUGUAAAUAAGCUGAAUGAUGCAUAUCUUAAAAAGGACUUACAGAUCGUCAACUUUGAUUUUACUUACAUUAAUGAUGAUUCCAUUUGGUCCUCCAACAACAAGGAUUGUUUGGUUCUUAUGAGAAUAUGCUUCUACGCUUUCAAUCUAGUGUGCCUAUCCCUGUGUCCCCUGCCACUCUGAAGAUGUAUACCAUGUUCUUUCAUCAGUAUCCUAUGAAAACAGGUCCCUAGGUAAAAAUGUAUAGUCAUGACUUUGUUUUAUCCCCUUCAUCAGUGACUGUUAUUUAUAUGAAAAUAAAGUGAUGCUUUGUGAAUUGCAGUGAAAUGUGUUUUAAUGCAAUCAUUCAACAUUUAGGACUUUUGGCUAUGUGUUCCUUGGUAACCUUGAAAGGA